AUGCUGACUUGCCUGCUCCUGCUCCUCGCGUCAGUCUUACCCUCCUCCUCUUCGUCUCCUCUGUGCUUCCAGCCCAGCUCCUACCAACGACUGCGAGCACAACAGAAGCUUGCGUGUGCGGGGAGGAGCCGGACAUCCGGUCGGCCUGUAAUGCCAACAAGUGUGAGAAGAGAGACAGGGAGGCUUGUGCUCAAGGCCAGCAGCGAAGAGUUCAAUCCAGAAGCCGAAAUCCAAAGGUUGGCGAACUUCAUGGCAGACGUGCAGGGCGGCAUGAGGAGCCUGACGACAGCAAUGGGUAUCAGCGGAGGAGAAGAGCAGGCGAAGCAGCAGGACGUCGUGAAGCUGGGUGAAGAAGCGCUCAAGUCCGUGCAGAACCUGAUGAACACCGAGGACAUGUCGGAUCAGUUCGUGAAGGCGAGGGAUUCAGUGUUGAAGAACAUAGGCAUCGGGGAAGAUCUAGUGGAGGAGGUCAAGGGCCCCAACUUUGACCUCGAGAAGGCUGUCUGGCUCGCUGGUGCAGCUUUCGACAGCUACAACGACCCGGUGGGAGGGGUGGUGAAGAAGUACGAGGACGGGGUUAAGGUUUCAUACACCUCCUCAAAGAUGCUUGCCGAGACCCACUCAGGCGUGCUGAUGCUGAAGCUGAAGUUUGCAAACCUCACGGCAGGCGCUGAGAGUGCCAAGUGCGAUGCGUACUUGAGAGUGAAGGUGAACGGAGCUGUCUCCAAGUCCAAAAUCGUUAAAGAUUCGCUUCACCCCGAAUGGGACCAGCUCAUGGUCCGUAGAUACGCAUUUCUUUCCCUUUUGAGCUGUGCUGUGCUGUGCUGUCAUGAUUUCUUUGCGUCACCUUACUUCCCUCUGUUUCCUGAUCUCACCUCUUUCCUUCGACACCUUCCAAAGUUUCCCUCCUAUCCUCGUAUCCUGUCCUUUCCCCCUUAUAUUCUCACUGACCUGCUCUCUACUUUCGAUGUAACGUUGCCCUCCUAUCAGGUCAUGUACACGGGACCCAUCUCGACCGACGAGCUUCAAAUUCAACUGUUCGAUGCUGAUCUGUUGAUGGGCAAGGAGGAGCUGGAUCACCUAACGCCGGAUCCCCUUAUCGGCUCUGCCUCCAUCCCCCUGAAGGAAAUCUCAUCCUCGAAAGAAUGGCAGACGCUGACUCUUGAUCUCGUUCCACCUGCCACUCCGACGACAGCAGCAGACGAAGACAACAAGUUCAACCCCUACUGGACGAGGUUGCCCAGGGAGGUGAACGUUCAGUCUUGGCCUUCGAUCAUCCGAGGAGGAGCGAGUGGGGGGAGAGUAGUGAUCGAAGCACAGUUCUUCCCUCUGAAUGUGAACGAGGACGUCUCAUCUCAGAUGGAGAAGGCAAGGCGAACAAUCUUGGGGGGGGAGGAGGAGGUUUCCCUCUUGAGCAGAUGCAACGCUGACGUCGUGAUUCCCCGUGAGAUCUUCGAGCAGGAGAACCUGGAGAGACUUUGCUUCAUCGACAACCAGGAGACCGACACGCAGGUCACCCUGUGGAGGGACCAGAAGGGCAAGAGGGUCGUGCUGGCGUUUCGAGGCACGGAGCAGACGAGGUGGAAGGAUUUCCUGACUGACGCACUUAUAACUCAGCAGAGGUUCGACCCAGGCUCAGACCCUGAGGAGGACAUAGAAUUACCUCCUCUGCUCGCCUCAGCUACGGCGUCAGUGGCCAAGAAGGCGGAGGGGACGAUAGAGGAAGGAAGAGGAGAACUUAUCGCUGUGGGGUCCCUGGGGAUGCUGUCGCAGAACCUGUUGAGCCUGGAGAGCAUCAGCAAGCAGGUCCAACAGCUGACAGGAAGCGACGACUACAAGUUCGGAGAGAUGAGCAGGCGGGCUCUGCGAGAGGUCACGGGGAAGGAGUUUAAGGACAUGUCGGAGAUGGCAGAAUCUACUCUGAACAUGGCGCAGAAAGCGCUUCAAGAUUUCACAGGAAAGAAAGAGUACGAGUUCGGCGAUAUUACGAAGACCCUGUGGAAGAAAGCGGAAGGCUACAAGUUUGGCGACAUCACCAAAGGGAUCAUGGAUGGCAUCAGCUCCUCCUCCUCUUCCUCCUCUUCCUCCUCUUCCUCCUCUUCCUCCUCUUCCACGGGUCAGCAGAAUCUCCCGUCCUCUGACACGGAGGAGGAACUCCCGGCUGUUCACGUAGGCUUCCUCCGCGGCUACUCGUCAGUGAGAAGGAGGAUCCUUCAGGUCCUUCAGGUUCUGCUGGAGUCAGAAGGAGCAGGAGGAGGAGAGUGGAAGAUCUUUGUGACAGGCCAUUCGCUAGGGGGUGCUCUGUCUACCCUGUGUGCUGCAGACGUCGCGGCUCUGUUCCCGCAGAGCGCUGUCGUCAUGUACAACUUCGGCUCUCCUCGCGUUGGCAACCUCAAGUUUGUCCAGAUGUUCAACCAGCUCGUCCCCGAGGCCUUCAGGGUCGUCAACGACGCUGACGUCGUCGCUCGCGUCCCUCGCUCGCGACUCAUGAACUACCACCAUGUCGGGCGCACGGCGCUAGUCAGCUCGUCGAGCAGCGUGUGGGUUGAGGGAGAGUCGGCAGGGAGUGACCCGCUCAAGGAGCGAUGGACAGAGCUGUCACAGCUCGUGGAUGCUGAGAUCUCCCUGCUGCAGGGCAUCGUCAACGGGAACUCGUUGGAGGACCACAUGGAGGACGCAUACUUCCUGUCGUUGACUAGGGCGCUGGAGGCUAGGGCGCUGGAGGAGAGCUAG